AUGUUCAAACUUCCCAUGGCCGGACGCCAUGAAUGGGAAGCUUGGACAAAAGAUAUACGGCUGCAGCUGAAUGAACAACUAAAAUGCCUCGACAUGCGAAUGGAAGCGCAGGUUGCCUUCGCAGCUGAGCUUCAGGACUUCUACCGCAAAAAAGCAGAAAUGGAGCUGGACCACAGCAAGAAUCUCGACAAAUUGGCUACACAAAUGAAGAAUAAGGAGCAUAAACAUAAGCGGGAAUGGCUCCUAUUUUCUCUCUCUGAUCUCUAUCAGCAACUCAUGAACGAGACUAAGUCCCUUAGCAAAGACUAUUCUGCUCUGUCCGAGGUCUACAGCGUCCACCUCGUGGGCCAUCUCAAUCAAAUGAUGGAAGAUAUACAGCGAAUUUACAAACGAUGCCGAGAAAUCGGCUAUGAGAUUCAUGAAGAGAUACUCCGAGUGCUAAACGAGCUUCAUGCAACGAUGAAGACUUAUCAAACUUACCAGGCUGAAUCUAAACAAGCGGAGACAAAGCUCUGCGUCGCCGAGCGGCAACGCAGCAAACUUGAGAUGGCGAACGCUGACAGCCGCUUGCACCAGAAACUCGUACGCAGCAAGAAGUACAAGCUUGUCGAAAAGGAAAUUAACAAGAGGAAGAGUAAGUGCCAGGAGGCGAAGUUGAAGGCAUUGAAGGCACGAAAUGAGUAUCUCCUGUGUUUGGAAGCAUCAAAUACUACGAUACACAAAUAUUUCGUUGACGAUCUGUCUGACCUUAUCGACUGCAUGGAUUUCGGAUUCCAUAAUUGUCUUACGAGAGCAUUACAUAUGCACCUCAGCGCAGAAGAAGGAAGGCGCUUUUCGUUAAAAUCUAGCGCUGAUAUGUUGGGCGCUACGGUGAAUUCCUUGGAUUCACGUGGCGAUAAACAAAAGUUUUUGGAGUCAUACAAUACGGCCUUUAUGAUUCCAAGAAAAUUUGAGUUUGAAGGCCAUGAACACGAGAAUACAGAACCCGAAUUACAAAAGUUGUUGCGCACGGAAAUGGAGCAACGGCUACAGCAACUGCAGAGCAGAGUAACAACACUACGAAUAGAGUCGGAAGAAGUAUACAAGACCCUUGAAACGACCGAAAAAAGUUUACUUGAAAUGCAAACUACGAAAGAUGAUUGCACCAAAUAUUUUGGUGAAAAUGCGGCAUCGACAUCUAAGCCGCCAGAGACACUGCAAAUUAAAUUACGGGCUGACAAACAAGAAACCGAAGAAUUUUAUCUCACUAAAUUUAGGGAAUAUUUAUUGGCAACAUCAAAAAUAGCACGACUAGAAGCUAAACAGGAUUUUAUUAAAGAACACUUGCUAGAUUCCAAUGACAGUAUGACUGUUCCAACUGCUGCAAUGAUUAGACAAAAAACGCGCAGGAAAAUUGGCCGCUUACAAAUAAACCAACAAACUAAAUUAUUUGGAGGAUCAUUAGAGGAAUAUUUAGAUUCAACUAAAGAGGAAAUACCUCUUAUUAUUAAAAGCUGUAUACGAAUUAUUAAUUUAUAUGGAAUGCAUCAUCAGGGUAUUUUUCGUGUAUCCGGUUCACAAGUCGAAAUUUAUAAAUUCAAGGAAUCGUUUGAGCGAGGAGAAGAUCCUCUCGCUUAUAUUACCGAUGCAUCAGAUAUUAAUUCAGUUGCGGGUUUAUUAAAACUAUAUCUUAGAGAAUUAAGGGAACCUCUCCUGAGUGAUUACGCCGACGAAAAUAUGAUGGAUGCUAAUAAUUUAGCUGUUUGUUUUGGACCAUCCAUCAUAAAUAUUCCAGAUAAUUACGAUCCCGUUAUUAGUCAAAAUUGUAUAAAUAUUGUUAUUAAAUACAUUAUUAUUUAUGCCGAAGAAAUAUUCCCUGAAAAAUUAGACGGGAUAAAAUAUGAGAAACAUUUUACAGAAGAUUUAGACGAUGUAGAAACUGAAGAAUCUACAUUAGGCACAGAAGAACCGGAUAGUAGUAACUAUUCGGAAGAGGGUAAUGUGUUAUUUGAAUAUUGUCAUUGCUAG